CCCCGUCCAAAUCUCCCAUUCCUGAGCGAGGAAAAGACACGGCAGCCCAAAUCCACAACCUGUUUGUUUCUCCCUCGCUCGCCCGCUGGAGCGGCCGCCGCCGAGCACUUCGCCUGCCGCUUUCCUCCCAUCACUGUCCCUCCUUCCUUCCUUUUUUCCACUCAGUCCAUCGCUUUCUUGUCUACCGGUCUGCCUGUCCAUCCACAGCGCCUCAGUCUCCCUUCCUCCCCUAACCCUCCCUACACACCCUUGCUUCUUCUUCCCUGCUCUCCAUCCGUCCCACACGCCUCCGCUCCGGUCCUCCCCUCCUUUCCGCCUCCUGCGAGGUCUCCACUUUCCACCUGUCCCUCCCUCACCCAUUGCGUGAUCUUGGGCAUCGGUCUGUCUCCCCCUGCUCCCUUCGGUCAUCUACUGCUUUCUCCACCUGCUGCAUUCCUUCCCUGAGUCGCGUUUGAAGAGCGCCCUCCUCCAUCCCUCCCUCCCUUCCUCCUGACCACCCUUGUCUUUGUGGGUCAGGGCACAGGGGCUUCCCCCGGGGGGCACCAUGGCGCUGCUGAGCUCCCCGACGGAGACUGAAUGCCUAACCAAGCCGCUUUUCUGCCGCAAGGGGGCGCUACGCCAGAAGGUCAUCCAUGAGGUGAAGAGCCACAAGUUCACCGCCCGCUUCUUCAAGCAGCCCACUUUCUGCAGCCACUGCACCGACUUCAUCUGGGGGAUUGGCAAGCAGGGACUGCAGUGCUUAAUUUGCAGCUUUGUUUUACACAAGAGAUGUCAUGAAUUUGUCACAUUUGAGUGUCCAGGAGCUGGGAAAGGACCCCAAACAGAUGAUCCUCGGAACAAGCACAAGUUUAAAAUCCACAGCUACAGCAGCCCCACCUUCUGCGAUCACUGUGGCUCGCUGCUCUACGGGCUGGUUCACCAGGGGAUGAAAUGCACUUGCUGUGAGAUGAAUGUACACAAACGCUGUGUCCACUGUGUGCCCAGCUUGUGUGGGGUGGACCACACAGAACGCCGGGGACGCCUGCAGCUCAACAUUGAGACGUUUGGAAGUGAUGAGAUCCGUGUGACUGUCGGCGAAGCGCUUAACUUGAUCCCGAUGGAUCCCAACGGUCUCUCCGAUCCUUAUGUGAAACUCAAGCUGAUCCCUGACCCCAAGAAUCUCACAAAGCAGAAGACACGGACGGUUAGAUCCACCCUCAACCCAGUGUGGAAUGAAACCUUCAUUUUCACUCUGCAGCCAGGCGACAUGGAGCGGCGUCUCUCCAUUGAGGUGUGGGAUUGGGACCGAACGACCCGCAAUGACUUCAUGGGAGCCAUGUCCUUUGGGGUCUCUGAGCUUUUCAAGGGCCCGGCAGAAGGCUGGUACAAAUUGCUCAAUCAGGAGGAGGGCGAAUAUUAUAGUGUCCCUGUGGCUGAUGCAGAAAACUGUGGGCUGCUGCAGAAAUUCGAGGCUUGCAAUUUUCCUCUGGAGCUCUACGAGAAAGUUCGUCAUGGCCCCGUCCCGUCACCGUCCCCAAGCCCAACGGACUCCAAGCGCGGUGGAUUCUUUGGCAUCAACCGCUUCCACAUCUCCGACUUCAACUUUCUCAUGGUGCUGGGCAAAGGCAGUUUUGGCAAGGUGAUGCUGGCAGAGCGCCGCGGAACAGAUGAGCUGUAUGCCAUCAAGAUCCUUAAGAAAGACGUGAUCAUCCAAGACGACGAUGUUGAAUGCACUAUGGUGGAAAAGCGGGUUUUGGCCAUGGGGGAACGUCCACAUUUCCUGACCCAGCUGCACUCCACUUUCCAAACUGCGGAUCGACUCUAUUUUGUUAUGGAAUAUGUCAAUGGAGGAGACCUCAUGUAUCACAUCCAGAAGGUUGGAAAAUUCAAGGAACCUCAUGCAAUGUUUUAUGCCGCAGAAAUUGCUAUUGGCCUAUUCUUUUUGCACAACAAGGGAAUCAUUUAUAGGGAUUUAAAACUGGAUAACGUAAUGUUGGAUGCUGAUGGGCACAUUAAGAUCACAGAUUUUGGGAUGUGUAAAGAAAACAUCUUCCCCGGCAUUACCACCCGGACCUUUUGUGGAACACCUGACUAUAUUGCUCCAGAGAUUAUUGCCUACCAGCCAUAUGGAAAAUCUGUGGAUUGGUGGUCAUAUGGUGUUCUUCUGUAUGAAAUGUUAGCUGGGCAGCCGCCAUUUGAUGGAGAGGACGAGGAUGAACUUUUCCAGUCAAUCAUGGAGCACACGGUGUCCUAUCCCAAAUCUCUUUCACGAGAGGCCGUAUCCAUCUGCAAGGGGUUCUUGACCAAACAUCCCCUGAAGCGCCUGGGCUCAGGGCUAGAGGGGGAGCGAGAUAUUCGAGAGCAUGGCUUUUUCCGCUGGAUGGACUGGGAAAGGCUGGAGCAGCUGGAAAUCCCCCCGCCUUUCAUCCCCAGGCCAUGUGGCCGCAGCGGCGAAAACUUUGACAAGUUUUUCACACGGGCACCGCCAGCGCUGACGCCUCCAGACCAACUGGUCCUGGCGAGCAUCGACCAGAGUGAAUUCCAGGGGUUCACCUACAUCAACCCUGAAUUUGUGCACCCCUCCACAUUGCGAAGUGGCAGCCUCUCUCCAACUGGCAUGCCCCUUUCUCCAACGGGGAUUCUCCCUUCCCCUACCUCCCUAGUGUGAGAAUGUAACCCCUCUGACCCUAAUGGCCCUCAACCAGACCUUGCCUGUAGAACUGUGCUCCCGAGAGCAUGACUCCAGCUCAAGCCCAGCCCUAACCCUGUGACUUGAUAACCCCGAAGAUCUUUUGUUAACUGCCUUCUCCCAUGUGUUGCUUCCCUCCUCCCUUCCCUCCAUUAGGUGAAACCAAAUCAGUGAGGUUAAGAAAGAGGGUGUGCUCUUGUCUCUCUAGAUGGAGCUAGAGAUGGAGUGCUGUUCAAAAACCUAAUAAGAGUUCUUCCUAAGUCAAAGUAGACCCUUUCCAGCCUCCUCCAGUUUACUGAGGAUGCAUCCAUGUAAACAAACUGUGCCAGGCAUGACUGUCGGGAUUGUUUAGAAGAGAUGAUAACAUUCACGUGACCAGAAAUUGUAUUUGUUUGUAUUUUAUUUAUUAAAAUAUUUACAUCCCACAGGCCCAUGCCAGCACAUCUUGAGGCGGCUUACAAAUAAGAAAACAUAUAAAAAACAAAUUAGCCAAAUAACUGCAGAACAAUACCACUACAGGCCAGCAGCCGAAACACAAAACUCUGCAGCUCAGAGGGUCGUAGAUGCCCUCUGACAUAAAAUUGUGUUUAUUUGCUGCCGAAGGUUUAGCAGCAAGUGAGCAGAUUGUAUUUCUCACAGGAAGGGGGAUUCAGAGCUUUGGCACCAGGCUCUGGAUCUGUGGAAAACAUCCUGUCCCAGGUACCCGUGCUGUACUCAGUGAGGGAAUCUAAAGCAGGGCCUCCAAAGCAAGUUUUAAUGAACAGGUAGGUUAAUUCCGGACAAGGUGGCCCAGAAAUGACCUGAAUUUAGCUGAGAGCUGGGAUAGCUUCAGGCUGAUUUUUGUUGUGCUUCUUUUGUAAAAUGGGUAAAGGGCAAUAGGGAGAUAGAUGCUUUGCCUAAUUUGUGAUGUGUAUUGGGGCUAAAACAUGCCUGGAAGCUACUGGGUGGCCCUGGUUUUCCACAUUUCUAUUUAUUUUAUUUUAUUUUUUACAUUUUAUAUCCCACUCUUCCUCCAAGGAGUCCAGAGCGGUGUACUACAUACUUAGGUUUCUCCUCACAACAACCCUGUGAAGUAGGUUAGGCUGAGAGAGAAGUGACUGGCCCAGAGUCACCCAGCUAGUUUUAUGGCUGAAUGGGGAUUUGAACCCGGGUCUCCCUGGUCCGAGUCCAGCACUCUAACCACUACACCACGCUGCAAAGUUUUGGGACGUGAAUUGAGUAACAGCACAGUUCAACGAGACUGUGCCAUGAAAAACUGAGAUCCAAAUGCAUCGCGAAAAUGUUGCAGAACAAUGUAACUCAGCCUACAUCUCCUCCCCCAUAAAUGGCUGUAUGAUUUUGACUGCUGGGUUCCUUUUGAAACAGUUCUGUUUCUUUAGCGGAGAAUAAUGCAUUGGGCUAACUAGAGAAGCCCAAAGUUAAAAUAACAUAUGAGGUAGAUAUGUGACCAGUGGCAAAAGAAGACUUAUGAAUUCUGACUCCAUACAUUAAGCUGAGUCUGCACAUGCAGAGGGAUGAGGUGGUAGCGUUUUGAAGUGGGUUGAAUGGAGGGGACUCCACGUUAGUUGGCUAGGACCUUCCUCCUCAAAAUGUGCCAGGAUUUUACUUGCAGAGGAGCACUCAGAAAUGGUCUCUUCCACCUGCAGGCUAAAGUGGUCCUUGUCCAUUCUACCAUCUCAGCACUCCUGCCACCUCAUUCUGGCAUAGACCAGACCUGAAUCCGCACGGAAAAAGUUGGAGUGAAUUUCACUCUUUUAGUUCUGUUUGUCCUGAUUAGGUUUACAGAAAGAUAUUUUGUUUUUUAAACAGUUAAAAUGUUGCUAACCCAUCCUUGUGAAGUGAUCUUGGGGAUGUGCUCCCUGGAAGUGAUUUUUUUUUUAAGAACAGAAAAAUAUCAGAAAACAGGCACCCCCAUUGAUUGAUCAAAUAACUUCCCAUUACCCUGUCACACUCAACUCCUUGUCCUCUUCCAGUCUCCUAAGCUUCAUCUCCAUGGUGCUUUCCCAGCCCCAUCUGCUACCGUGUGAGGUCGUAAUCCUAACCAGGAUAGAUCAACCCCAACUUUGAACCCUAAAUCCUUUUACCUCAUACAAAGUUAGGAUGCCUGUCCCCCCGCAAUAGACGAAAGCCAAAUGUGCCCUCUUUUCCCCUUCCAUGAUGCGUUGUUCUCUGUGGCACUGUCCCCACCCCACCCCACCCCACCCUGCUCCUCUGAGUCCUGUUGGCUCAAUCCUCUGCCACCCACACCUUUGCCUUGUUGCCUAUGACAUGGUACCCCAUCAGCUGCUCACCUUUUGGAAAUCAGACUUUGGAAGGAAGUGAUGAUGACCAUGGAGACAAUAUUUCUCUUCUUCUGUACCACAGCAAGAUAUGAGAAGAGGUCUGAUGAGAGCAGGUCUUGUGGUAGCAAGCAUGAACUGUCCCCUUUGCUAAGCAGGGUCUGCCCUGGUUUGCAUUUCAAUGGGAGACUACAUGUGAACACGACAGGAGAUGGGGCCGCUCUGGGAAGAGCAUCUGCAUGCUUGCAUGGAGUUCCAAGUUCCCUCCCUGGCAUCUCCAAGAUAGGGCUGAGAGAGACUCCUGCCUGCAACCUUGGAGAAGCUGCUGCCAGUCUGUGUAGACAAUACUGAGCUAGAUGGACCAAGGGUCUGACUCAGUAUAUGGCAGCUUCCUAUGUUCCUAUCCAAAUGCAUUUUUUUCUUCUCUCUGGUGCAUGGACUAUUCUAUGACUACUACUUUUAUUUAUUUACUUACUUACUUAUUUACACCUCCCUUUCAAACCUCCACCCCGCCAAGCAAACACCCAGGCACCUGCAUCUGUUCUCCCAAGCUCCACCUAGCAACUUCAUUCCAGCUUUAAAACAGAGGUGUGGUAAACUGAAGAUGGCACUUUCACCCCAGCCCCACUGCCUAAUUCUCCAGAGCUGUUUUCAGCUGACUGGAGUCUAUAAGCAUAAUUUCCCACUUUUUGAUUUUUGACUUGGGAAAGAUACUCUGACAGUUUUGUUUGGUGAUGCGUAUGGGCAUUUCCAGAAAAUGGAAGUUGUUUGUGUUUACCUCCUCUGUGCAAGGGUGUAACUAGGGGAGGGAAAGGGGGCCGUGUUCACUGCCCCCCCAGCCCCUCAGAGUGAAGGAGGUAAGAAAAUAGGGGUUGAGUGGGGGGGGUCUUCAGGAGCUGGGGGGCCCCCCGAGUUCUUUGAACCCAUCCGCUCAAUUAUAGCUACACCCCUGCCUCUGUGUCUAGAUUAUAAAGCUUUUCUCUCAAUGUCUUUGCGAAUUGUAAAUGGGUCCUUCAGCUGGGUUACUUCCUCCAUGCGCUAUUAUGCAGCACCAUCUGCUGGCCAUUUGUGGGAAAUCCAUGAUGAAUGUCAAACUGCUUUUAAAGUAGGCUCAAAAGGCAACUUUGCCGUGCUGAAAAGUAAUAUCAAAGGUGGAUUUGAGUUGUUACUUAAGGGAAAAGCAAGAUAAUUAUUCUCCUAGCAGGGCAUGAUGAUGUACAAAGUGAAAAAUUAAGAUGCCAUUCCUCUUCCCUUCUGCACACAAGACUUCAGAUCUUAAAGCCUUUAAGUCAGCAGGCCCUCUUUGCUUGUCCUGGGUCACCCUGAGGUUUACUGAGGCUGAAUUCCGCCUCUGUCGUCCUAAUGCAGGGCUGCACAACUCCAGCCCUUCUACAGAUGUUGGGCCACAACUCCCAUAAUCCCUGACUAUGGGUCACUGUGACCGGGAAUGAUGGGAGUUGUAGUCUCAAAACAGCCAGACACCCAAAGGUGUGCAGCCCUUCCUGGACACAUUCCUACAGCCAUGCUAGCCGAAUACAUAAUUUUAGGGUCUCAUCAUGUCUCCCACUCCGGCAGGCUGCAAGUAGAGAGAGGAGUUUAUCAAGCAGCUCAGGCAGUAAUGGGUGAGCGCUUUACUGCUAGGGAUGGGCCCGGACCGGUCCGGAGGCCAUUGAAAUAGCCUCCGGACCGGUCUGGACCUGGGUGGUCCGGUUCGGGUGGGGGGGUACCUUUGCGCAGCACGCGCGCACGUCACAGAGGCGCGCACGUCUCUGUGACGUGCGUGCGCCGCACAAAGGACUGCUGGGAGUUUUCCCAGCAACGUUGGGGAAGGGGCAGCAGGGAGGUAUCCUGCCACCCCAAUUACUCUUGGAAUUACGGCGCCAAGCGGGAAAGCGGCGGGAGGGGUAAGUAAACCCUCCCGCCGCUCUUAAAGGGACCCCCCCACCCCAGUGCUGGACCGCAGUUGGCGGUUCCGUGCACACCGCUAUUUACUGCAUGGAGCUAGGAGGCUGUGACCGGGCCGUGCUGAGACGGGGGCUGUUCAAGACGGAGCUAUGGAGGCCCUAGAUGGGUGGUUCUCCCGGGUCCCGGCAGCCCAUCAGCAACUCGGGCCAAGGGUGAGGUCCAGAAGGCCAGGAGUGGAGCCCGGAGCCAGCCUGGGCUCCAGGACACUUGCACCCUUUCCCCCUGUGGCUAGAGCAGAGGAGAAUGGGAGUCGGAAAUCCUGGGGUCAGUGGGAGUCAAUCAGGCUCCUUAGCAAGACCCAGAGAGCGGGAUGCAGGCCAGGACCUUCUGACUUGACUCUUCUGUAGCUGCUUCAAUCCCCAGUCCUGCCAGCAUAUCAGUCUUCCGUCAGUUUCCUGCCUCCGUUCUUUUCUCUUUGCUGACUGCUUCCCUAGCUUGGGAAUAAUAUCACAUCCUCCACAUCUUCCCUUUUGGCUUGUGGUUCCUUGUAGCCAGUACCAUAGACGAAUGGACUCACCUAUGCAUUUCAGUAUAAAAGAUAUUUAUCCAACCCA